AUGACUCAACUCUCUCGAGAGUAUGAAGCCGAAGAGACGGAUUCAGGCGAUGACAUGUGUGGCCAGAUAGUCAAGAUGCAGAUCGCGAAGGUUCCACGCAAAUGUCGCACAAUUCGUGGAGAACUUUGUCUACCUUGUCUUGAGGCCAUGCUAAUUACGGCGCAGUUUGAGUCAGAAGUACGGAGACUUCUCGAUACCCCUUCUGAUAGACGGAAGCACCUCAUUCGGGCCCUUCUUCCCAAGUUAUGGAACGUCGAGAAUGCUCCACGAGGUCAAGCAAAGGCAGCUGAGGCAUUGAAUCAGAAGUCUUUGCCGCAAGCUUAG